AGUUGAUAUUUUGAGACAAACUUUAAUAUUGUAUAAAUGGAUAAUAUAACCCAUUUAAAUACGCCAGGGUUUAGCGGAGGUCAAAAAUCCUCUGGAUCGACAACAGUACUGAAUACCUGCAUUUGUUGUUUGGCAAUAAAUAUUCCGCUGGUGAAAUUAACAAAUUGUAAACACGUAGAGUUUUUUGAAUAUAUCCUGGAGGUUAAGUUAGAGUACCUAGCAACUUUUGUCUGCUACGCAUGUCACGGCACACUCAGGGAUAUUUACCAGUUCAAGAGACAAGUGCAAUAUAGUCUUUCAAAUCUUAAGAAACAGGUUAAAAACUUAAAUCGGAACAACACAAAACUUUCUAAACUCACAAAAGCUGAUAUAGAAAUAUUCCAUACUCAGAACUCCAAGCCCCUUGAAAAAGAGGUCGUCAAAAUAAAAACUGAAGUUAAAAUCGAAAUUGAACAAAGAUGCUCUGAUGCUGAUCCAUUAGCGAUGAUUAAAGAAAAAGAUAGAGGUCCUAUAACUCCAUUCUUCUUAAAUCGGAAUCCGGAAAAUGAUAUCCCAUUAUGGACGAUUAGUGAAAAACAGAGAGAUCCUAAUACUCCAUUCUUCUCAAAUAUGGGUCCGGUGAUUGUCCCAUUACCGCCUAAAGAUCCCAAUAUUUCAUUCUUCUCACAUCCAUACAGGAUCCAGGAUCCAAGGAUUAUCCCAAUACCGGUGAUUCAACAGAAACAUAAAGAUCCUAAUGUUUCAUAUUUCCCACAUAUGGAUCCACAAUCUCUGGAGAUUGUCUCGUUACCGGUGAUUCAAGAGAAACUUAAUCCUAAUAUUUCAUUCCUCUCAAGGGAUCUGGUGACCGAUGACCCAUUAUGGGUGAGGACAGCAAGAAAUAAAGAUCCUAAUACUCCAUUCCUUUUACAUAGGGCUCCGGAGAAUAAUGUCCCAUUACAGGGGAUUACAGAAAACAAUACAGAUUCUAAUAUUUCACACUUCCCACAUAGGAAUCCGGAGAAUAAUGACAAUAAUGUCCGAUUACAGGGGAUUACAGAAAACAAUACAGAUCCUAACAUUUCACACUUCUUACAUAGGGCUCCGGAGAGUGUGCCAUUGCAGGGGAUUGCAGAAAACAAUACUGAUCCUAACAUUUCACUCUUCUCACAUAGGGCUCCAGAGAAUAAUGUCCGAUUACAGGGGAUUACAGAAAACAAUACUGAUCCUAACAUUUCACACUUCUCACAAAGGGCUCAGGAGAGUGUUCCAUUACAGGGGAUUACACAGAAACCUAAAGAUCCUAAUACACCCUACUUUCGAAAGAAGUAUCAGGGGAAGAUUAAGUUAGUGGAUUUAAAUGAGGAGGAAAUGUGGGAGGAGAGAAGAAAAGACGCGGCAAAAGAGAGGUAUUUGAAAUUGCCGUACAAAUGUGAGAGUUGUAUCCAUGGGUUUUCCGUUCAGCCGCAUUUGGAAGGACAUAUGGAAAGGAAACAUACUGAGACAAGCGGGAGUGUCCCGUGUGCGAUAUGUAAGGUGUUCACCCCCGUGGCACUAUUAGAAAAACACAUAAAACGGCACUAUAGGAGGGUCGACUGUGGCGUGUGCGGGGCGCGCUACAAUACGCAGAACGCAGCAGAGGCGCACUACGGCAAGAUGCACGAGACUUCACCUAUACACAAGUGCGAAGAAUGUGGACAUACCUCAAAUUCGCUCCGCAACUUGCGCCGUCACCGUCAGAAGCAUGAGGGCAAAGUGAGCUGCGAGCAUUGUGGGAAACAGUUUGUCAGCAACAUGGGCCUCAAAGACCACGUCCAGAAUUUCCACAAACCCUCAAACCGCACGCAUACCUGCCCCAAAUGCUCCAAAGUGUUCCGGGCGAGCGGCAGCUUCCUGGCUCACUUGCGGACCGCGCACGGGGCCGACGGCGGGGCCUACUGCAGGCCGUGCGACGCGCACUUUAGCACCAAGCGGAGCCUCAAGAUCCACCUGAAGACGCACAGCAAACAUACCAAUGAAAAUGAUAAAAAGUUAGUAGAAUUUGUUGACACUAUUCCUCGCCAGUGGGGCGACGGCGACACUCCUUUCGGGCAUUCUCGGAACAAAAAAAGGUACCGGGUGAGUGCCAGCUUCCUGACUCACUUGAGGACCGCGCACGGGGCCGACGGCGGGGCCUACUGCAGGCCGUGCGACGCGCACUUUAGCACCAAGCUGAACCUCAAGAUCCACCUGAAGACGAACAGCAAACAUACCAAUGAAAAUGAUAAAAAAUUCGUGUGUAGCGAGUGUGACGCGCGCUUCUUCACGGAGCCCAAGCUGAGAGAACACAUCGAGUGGAAACACCGCAACAACGACCGGCAUAAGUGCGACGAGUGCGAUAAAGUAUGUAUUAGCUAUAUUAUUGUAGGUUCGUGUGUAGCGAGUGCGACGCGCGCUUCGUUCGUGUGUAGCGAGUGCGACGCGCGCUUCUUCACGGAGCCCAAGCUGAAGGAACACGUCGAGUGGAAACACCGCAACAACGACCGGCAUAAGUUCGUGUGUAGCGAGUGUGACGCGCGCUUCUUCACGGAGCCCAAGCUGAGAGAACACGUCGAGUGGAAACACCGCAACAACGACCGGCAUAAGUUCGUGUGUAGCGAGUGCGACGCGCGCUUCACGGAGCCCAAGCUGAGAGAACACGUCGAGUGGAAACACCGCAACAACGACCGGCAUAAGUUCGUGUGUAGCGAGUGCGACGCGCGCUUCACGGAGCCCAAGCUGAGAGAACACGUCGAGUGGAAACACCGCAACAACGACCGGCAUAAGUGCGACGAGUGCGAUAAAAUAUUUAAAAACACUUCGUCGAAGAGAAAUCACAUAAAACGCGUCCACGAACAAAAUACACUACCCCGGGAUAAGAUAUGCGACCACUGCGGCCGCGGGUUUACGACGAUGGCGAUCCUGCGCUCGCACAUCCGCACGCACACCGGCGAGCGGCCGUUCAAGUGCGCGCACUGCCCGGCCACUUUCGCGCACUCCGCCGCGCUUUACACGCACAACAAGCUAGUGCACAAAAAGAAGAAAAAGCUGACGUGAGAUAUUACUCUUACUAUUUCUGUAGCAGUGGGACACAACAGGCUAUUAAAAAUAACUUGCUUGGCUUGUUCUGAAAUAAAUUAUUUAAAUUAGAAUUUAUUAUUGGGAGCCUAUAAUGUCCCACUGCUGGGCAAAGGCCUCCCCCCACUUUUUCUAGUCUAAAAAAAAUUUCAGUUAAAUUUGAAUUUGAAAAAAAUAUCUGUAUCUAAAGACUUACUACAUUUGUAUUUGAGGACGCGACAAAGUCAGGGUGGCCGAGUCUGAUUUUAGUAUACUUAUGACAAAAUAUAUAAGCUAUACGCAAAACAAGCUAUAGUUCGUUUUUUUAGCAUUAGAAAUAAGGUAAACAAUCUUUACGUGUCUUUUAAUUGAAAAACACGUCUUAAAAAUAAGUUA